GUUUCGAGAGCAAUUAUCCCUCAGCUCAAUUCCAUAAGGAUUAGGGUUUUAUUGCUCUGCUCCGAUUGACUCCUCCGAUUUGAUCCGAUCGAUCCAGAAGAGGGGAAAGCACAAUGCCUCAGAGGCACUCGAAGAACAACAAUGACCUCGCCUUCUUCACGUACGAUGAGAAGCGGAAGCUCGGGUACGGGACCCAGAGGGAGAGGCUCGGCAAAGACUCGAUCAAGCCCUUCGACGCCUGCUGCCUUUGCCUCAAGCCCUUCAUCGACCCCAUGUGCUGCCAGAAGGGCCACGUCUUCUGCAAAGAGUGCAUCCUCGAGUGUCUCUUGGCUCAGAAGAAGGACAUCCAAAGGAAGUUAGCCGCAUACGCUGCUCAGCAGAAGCAGGAGAAAGACGAGGAAGAAGAGAAGCUGAUAAUGCAAAAAGCCCGAGAGCUUGAAGCGUUUGAUCAGCAGAACCACGGUGCGGUUCCUCAGUCGAGUGACAGAAGCCAUGGCCGAGACAAGAAUGGCUUUCACGGGGCGAACAGUGUGAAGGCUACUUCUUAUGAAGCGGAAGCCCUCCGUACGAUGAAAGCAUUUUGGCUCCCUUCUGCAACUCCAGAAGCGCCUAUGAAGGUGGAUGCCCCAUUGACCAGUACAAUCUGCCCGGAAGGCAAGGAGAAGCUGAAGCUCAAGUCCCUCUUCCCGAUCCAUUUCUCAGAGGACAGCAGCGACACGAAGAGCUCGAGCUCUCUGGAUCAAACUUAUAUCUGCCCGAGCUGCAAGGUCACCCUUACCAACACUCUGGCUCUCUCGGCUAUCAGCUCCUGUGGGCAUGUCUACUGCAAGAAAUGUGCCGAGAAGUUUGUUGUGGUUGAUAAGGUUUGUCUCGUCUGCAACAAACCCUGUAAAGAGAGAAACUUGGUGAACCUUGAGAAAGGAGGGACGGGAUUCGCUGGUCAUGGAGAUCAUCUCGAAGCUAAGGAUUUCAAGCAUUUGGGAAGUGGGUCUGGGUUAGGGCUGGUUAGGCCAGCAACAAAGACCUGAUGACUCGACUGAUUCCCUUUUCUUUGAAAUGUACGACAUCAAGUUGCUUCUGGACAAGACUAGAAAGAUAGAAAGGGAUCAGCAGUUUAUAACUUUCUUUGUAAUCUUUCUUAUCUACAGAUUUCGUUUUUCGAUCGUACUAUUUAUCCAAGAUUCGAUGCGCUCGCGCUUUUUCACAUGAACAUGAAUGAUUAUCCGAAGGUGGGCUUCCAAAGUCUCCCGUGCUAGUUGAUGUUUUUAUGACAGUGCCAUUCAUAGA